ACCGCCUCACUUCCUGGCCCCUAUGUUCGAGAAGCCUUGGGCGUGAAGAGUUCCCCUUCCCAAGAGCAGAGCGCUUUGCGUGAAUCCUGGGCGCCAGGCUCAGAUUUGGACCCGAGACUCACGAUGCCGUCCCUACAGAAGGUUCUGCACUUCUUGGGUGGUUGCCUGUUCACCAUGUUGGGAGUCGGGCUGACGGGGUUCGGAAUGUCGGAUCCCUGGGCUGCCAGCAAACUGGAAUGCGCAUCGCAAGGCAGCAACAACCUCAACAGCCCCGACUUCUACAACGGCACCGCUGACAUCUCCUUUGGACUGUUUUCCAUGGUGGUGUCCAGAGACAGCUGCCCCAGCUUCGGGGCGACCAAUACAUAUGCAACUUUCCAAAAAUUAGAAGCCAUAGGCGGACCCCCGCUGAUCCUGCACAGCCUCGUCAUAUCGCUCUUGCUCGUUAGCUUGAUCACUUCUGCAGGGACUAUCUUCAUCACCUUCUACAACAGUGUCAGCAACCCCUACCAGACACACUUGGGGCCCUCGGGUGUGUACACCUGUUGUGCUUGCAGCGUCAUAUUCGCUUUUCUGGCUCUCGUCCUGUUUCUGGUGAACGUUUUCGCCACAAACCUGUGGCAGGCCAUCGUCCUAAAUGAGGUGAAAGUGAACCUUCGGAAUGUGACAGUGUCCAUGCGGCUUGGCUUCUACCUCCUGAUCCCUUUCUUGGUGACGUCAUCCCUGGCCAUAGUGGUGAUCGUCCUGUACCAGCACGUUGCCUACACACACCAAAAGGAGCAACAGAGACCCACGGAGGACGCGCCCAAGGAGAUCAUGAUGUACUAGCGCCAAUGUCCCGAAGUAACGCUUCAGAGCAGGCGUACAAAUGUUUCUGAGGAUGUAAAGCGCGUUAUUUAAAUCCACAAAACGCCUCUGGAUAAAUAUAACACAUUUCUCACUUGUCAGAUAUGGAGACAGAUAUGUAGGAAGAAAACCACUUCCGAAUCCUUUGUAAAGUUUAUAGCGUUAAGAUUAGCAGUACAAGAUUACGGAAUGGGACCUUAAAGGUAUAGCUACAUAAAUGAAUAUUUUACGUGCAUUGCUAUAGCGGCGAUGUAUAAAAUGUGUGUGAAGGAAACAAAUUCAUAGCAGGACCUGUACAAUUUUCCGAAAAUAUUUAAGCAGAUAUGGCUGUUUUUUCAGAUGUGUCAAAAUUCCCCUUUAAGAUUAAUUUCCACCCAGGCGGAACUGCAUAAAAAUAAUAAUAAUUUAAUUGUGCUAUACUUAGAUGUUAUAUUUUGCGUCUAUUGAACAGAAAAUCGAUUAAGUCGGCCCUGCCUAACCACGGAUGCGUGAAGCAAACGAUCACAAAUGUUUAUGCAAUCACGGUAAAAACACACAAAACCUUCACCAUAGAGUCUCAUUGUAAAGCUCUUCUGUUUUAUAUUGAAUUAUAUCAACAUCUUGAGCUGAAGCAAUGCUAUAUGAUUUGGAAUCUUCAAUAUGAACUAUAUAUAUAUAGUUUUAAUGCUGUAUCCAAUUAUAUGCUAUAUUCAUUUUUAUAUAUGUUCUUUGUUGUAAUUAAUUAUAUACGUCCCUCCAUAUUUAUCGACAUGCUAGCUCCACUGAUUGUUUUCUUAUUUAUGUUUUAUUUUCUGAGAGCAUG